UUUAAUAUCCAUAUUUUAAUAAAUAUCUAGGCCGAAUUUUGAGACGAUUAUGGAUUCAUUUGGAGAUAAUUUUGUUAAUGAUUUGGAUGUUGAUCCAGCUGCAGAAUUUAUAGCUCGAGAACAGGAUCAAUUAGCAGGUCUUGAAGUUGAAAUUCCUCUAGUUGCAACUGCUUUAUCAAAUACUGAAGAUGAACUAACUGGAACAGUAAAGGCUAAUAGUGAAGAUGAUGGAGGAAGUUUCGAAAUGAUAAAUACUAUUGAUCAAAGAUCAGAUAUAUUAAAUGAAAAUUUAACGCCUCCCCCAUCUGUACCUAUAAAAGAAGAGCCAGAAAAAAUUAAAAAAUGGAGAGAAGAGCAAAAGGCUAGACUAGAAGAGAAAGAUGCUGAAGAAGAAAAAAAAAAAGAAGAUUGGAGAGUAGCUGCUAAGAAAGAAUUGAAUGAUUGGUAUAAACAUCAUACAGAGGCUAUUAGCAAAACAAAAGCUACAAAUAGGGAAUCAGCCAAGAAUGCCGAAAAACAAUUUGUUGCGGAGGCUGAUGAUAUUGAACCAGGUACUGAAUGGGAACGUAUUGCUAAACUUUGUGACUUUAACCCCAAAUCAUCAAGAACUUCUAAAGACGUAUCCAAAAUGCGUUCGAUUAUUUUACAACUGAAGCAAAAUCCACCACCAUCUAUUAAAGCUUAAUAUAUCAUAUACAAGUUAUUUAGGCAUAGUGAUGUGUACAUUAUAUGAGUGCAUUUAUUGACGAUUGUUCAUUUUCCUCUAUGACAGACCACCAAAAUAUCUAUACUAUAUGUAUAUACAU